AAGAGUGACCAUUGACUGUCUAUCUGCCCCUCACGCAACCAUGACAAUGGGAAAGAUCAUCUUCUAUGAGGACAGGAAUUUCCAGGGUCGGCACCAUGAGUGCAUGAGCGACUGUGCCGACCUGCACUCCUACUUCAACCGCUGCAACUCCAUCAAGGUGGAGAGUGGCAUGUUCAUGGUCUACGAGAGGCCCAACUACACUGGCCACCAGUACUUCCUGAAGAGGGGAGAGUACAAUGACAACCAGCGCAUGAUUGGCAUCAACGACUGUAUCAGGUCCUGCCGCAUGAUCCCCAUGCACCGCGGCUCCUACAGGAUGAGGCUGUACGAUCGCCCCGACAUGAGUGGCCAGAUGCAGGAGCUGAACGACGACUGUCCCAAUGUCCAGGACCGCUUCCGCAUGUCCGACAUCAACUCCUGCAACGUGAUGGACGGCCAUUGGCUCAUGUACGACCAGCCCAACUACAAGGGCAGACAGUACUACCUGAAGCCUGGCGAGUACCGCAGACCCAGCGACUGGGGUGGCCUGAGCCCCAGGAUCGGAUCCCUCAGACGAAUCUCUGACUCCAACAACUAAAAGUUCUAUGUCCUAUGUCUGUUCUCAAUAAAGCUUCAUGUUCAACCAAACAA